CACAGUGACUUUUAAAGAAUUAAUUGUUUUAAGAUUUUUUUUAAAGCAUAAGAAUAAAAAAUGCAUGCAAUAAUUUCAAAGUUAUUAUAAUAUAAUUUCGUGGUAAAUCUAAGAAAUAUUCCUUGGUUGAAGUUCGUAUAAGUGGCUGUGUGGCAGUAAAGAUGAUCCGAAGAGGUACGGGCAGAACUCCACCAUAUAUUUUGGUGGGUUUAGUGUUAGUAAUCGUUAUUUUGGGCUUCAACUAUUGGACUUUAUCCUCACAAAAUGCCGACUUGUCACAGGAAUUGGAGAAACUUCAAUCAGAAAUUAAGAUCAGAGCUCACUGAAUCAGCAGGCUGAGGACUGUGAGGUUGAUCUGUCAAAAGCUAAAGAAACGAAUACUCAUCUUACGCAAGAGAGGGAUGAUGCAGUGGAAGCCAUUGCUGAAAAAGAUUCAAUGAUCAAUUCCUUAAAAAGACAACUUGAGCAGGUGUCAGUGAAAAGAUCCCAACUUACCCUUUCACUGGCAACUUGCAAUACAGAACUUAUCCAGUUAAAGAGAGAAUGUGAAGAGGUUCAAAAGGCAAGUGAUGACUUGGCCAAUAUCAUUGUUCAAACCAAGAGAGAUGCACAACUAGAGUCUGAGAAAGAGCUGUAUGGUGUUAAGGAACAACUAGUUGAGGAGAAGGCAAGAAGUGACACACUAGAUAUUAGUGUAAAAGAUUUGACCUUGAAAUUGUCAGAAGCAAAUACUGAAUUGACUAAAUGCCAAGAGAGUUUGAAGACCUCAGCUUUAGAAAAUGAAGCUGAGCUUAAAAAGGCUCAAGAUGAGGCUGCUGCUGCAAGAAGAGAGAAGAUGGCUAUUGCAAAACCUAAGAUAGUACCAGGGAUGAUGAAUAUGCCAGAUAUUGAACACAAAGAGCCAUAUGUUGGCCCUGGUCAGCUAGGAUACAUCUCACGAGGGGCUGUACAUACUCGAGACUUAGGCAUUCAGGGAAUCGAAUUCCAUCGUGAACUUCCAAUUCUUCCCCGUGAUCCCCCCAAUGUUCCUCGGAAGAAACCCAGAUUUAGUGUUGCUGAUAUAGCCAGGGAAGUUGCAGCACCACAGAAUAACAUUAUCAAUGGAGAAAAUGUCAACGGAGGUGUAUUAGUCCCCCCACAGUCCAUUGGCCAAGUCAAUCCUCCACUUGAUAAUAAUAAUAAUAAUGCUGAUCAGCAGUUAGCAGCCCCUGGAGCGCCUCCUGUUAUGGAACGGCCUGCAGCUCCAGGUGAGGCCCAUAAUAAACCAAUUCAGGCUCCAGUUCACCCGGGUGCUGUGGAUGGUCCAGGACCCCAGAAUGAUGUGUUAGCACCACCCCCUCAGCAUCUUCAGGAUGAGGAGGAAUAUGAUGGGGUCUUGCCAGGAUAUCGUGAUAAUUUAGAUGCAGCCAUUGACGAAGAGGAGAAGAUUGUUGAGGAUAUGAUGGAUGACCAGGAUGAAGAGGGCAAUGAGAUCAAACAGAAUCGUGAAGUCCAUGACAGAGACGGUAUCCACGAAGAGAGAAGAGAAGUGCUGAAGAAUGGAAAUUUAGGAGCUCUGGAGGUUCCUCAACCAUUCCAGGCUGAUAGCUUUAAUCAUCAGGACAUGAAUGUUGAUGACGAUGUUGGAAAUCAAGGAAAUUAUUAUGACACAAAUCUUGAAAAUAAAAUAAGGAAUCUUGGAAGACCUCCUGACAUCCACUAGCACUUAAGUGUCAACUAUAUUUAUUUGGAUAACUUUCAGUGAGAUACCAAGCAAUUUUACGUCAUAAAUUACCAGUGUAUUUAGUUUUGGAAAAAUGGGUGAUCUUAAAAAAUGGAAAAUUUUGCUGAGAAUCAUCAACUUCAUAAUUAUUAAGGAAAUGGUUAACUUAUAAGAUAGAAACACAUUCAUAAAUCCUUCAGUGAUCCCUUUACUUUCAUGUUCGUUACUUGCACCAUGAACAAAGAGAACAACCUUUUUUCUAUUGAGUUUCGACGCUUCAGCGGAAUGGACAAUGAAAGUAAACAGCAUUGGGCAUUCUUAUAUUCAUUACAUAAUAGAGAUUUUUUAAAAAUCAGCAGCCAUGACUUGUAGACAAUAUUCCAUAUAUGAAAGGUUUCUUUUGCACAGAUGGUGAUAUCACCUUUUGAACAAGACUGUUGUACAUAUAUUGAAUAAAUAAAUAUAUAUAUUCUGUAUAAGCUUUGAAUAAGGUCUUGUAUGUGGUAUUUGAUAUAAGGCAGCAAUGCAACAGCAACUGCGCUGGUAUUAUAUGAAUACUGUUUUGUAUUUGCAGCACUGACACUGUAUUUGUACAGUUGUUGAACUUUAUAUAGUGUGCCAUUUUGUGUGGAUUCUUACAUUGUGCUCGGCGUCUGCCAGAGAAUCGGGUAGUUUUUUUAUCAUUCCUUUCUUAUGUAUUUGUGUGAUAGUGUUGAGUGAAGACUAUGCACAGGGAUUUGUAGUUAUAAUUGGAAUAAAUGGUUGGAAUACUAAUAGGAGUUGACUUAAUAUUUGUACAAUAUACCUAAUUCUACUUUCUCUUCAGAAUAUUAAUGGAUUCUUCAUAUUCAGGCUGUAGUGAUUCUUAUCUAGCUAAUGAUGUUUUUUGUGAAGGGUCAUAGUUUACUAGUAAGUUGAUGUAGGAAAGAAUAACUGUAGCGAGGUUUUAUGAAGUUUAAGCUAAUAGGUACUUCCUUUGGGUUGAAGAUAGCUUAGGUAUAGUAAUCUUUUCACUUUACAUAAUUUUGGGGUAUACAUAUAUUAUGUUACGCUUUUGCACGGUUUUGAUUCAUCAGUAUUCAUCCGUUAGAUUGCUUUUUUAAUCAUGCAUUAAACGUGACUCUGUACAAAUAUAAUCAGGUGCAGUAACAGGAAGGUUCAUUUUUCAGGAAAAUUAUUACAAGCAUAUUUUUGUUACCUUUCUCCUUCUGCCACUUCAGUUUUCACCCUAGGUUCGUUGUUGGCACGGGAUCAGUAAGCAGGAUACAAAAUUAAGUCUCCUAAGUUUAGAUUCUAGAUGAAAAUUUGUUUAUGUAGUUGGUGCAGCUGUUUUGCUAUUAUUACAAAACCUUCAACAUAAAGGUUUCAGAGAAAUUAUACAAAUAUUUAUUGCACAAGUUAUGAGUUGUUAUGUCAGUUGUUUAAUUUUAAUAUUUGGGAUAUAGUAAGCUUUUUUUAUUUUUAAUAGUAUUGUGUAAUUAAGCAAUAUAGUUAUAUGAAUUUAUGCUCUACAUGUAAUAAAUAAUUAGUUGGAACAGAAUUGCGUUAAGAACAAAUGACUAUGAAGCCAAUUUCAUGGAACAAAGUUUUGUAAUAAAUGUUAAGUGAUUUUGUCACUAAGCUUGUUAAUCUUCACCUCAUUCCAUAGGGUGGAGAUUAUUGCUUUAUAGUCUCUUUUCUUUAUAUUGAGAUAUCCAUAAUGUGGGGAUUAUUAUUAUUAUUAAGAUCUUCAUCACGUUGGACAUGAAGGGAAUCUUAACUGAUCCUAUCACUUAUUCCGAAUGUGAGCGAGAUUUACUUACGUUUCAGGGUUGCAUACCAGUACUGAUAUUGUAAUAUUAACUGACAAUUUCGGAUAGUAACAGAAGCUUAUUUAUUUUUUGGGGGUGGUGGGUGGUGGGGGGGGGGGCGGGGCAUGGCAACUUGCGAACACAGUGUACAGAAAUAGGGAUGAUGAGGUCUUUUAAGUUUUAAUUUUUUAUGUAUCCCUUUGGUGACUGAAUAUGGUGAGCUUCCAGGUUAGACCAUAUAAAGAUAAUAACAAAUUAAAGAAGAUUAGACGCACAGUAGGAUUGUAGCAGCUAUCUAGACAGUGAGAAAAACGGUGGUAUUUUUCCUAUGAGAGGUGGAAACACCCGUUCAGUGCAAAGUUACUUAAUUACUACUAUUCGUGACUCUUCCUACCUGUAGAGAAUUUAAUACAACACCAAGAAUAAAACAUAUUUUGUGUUGAUUCCAAUUGUCUAAUGACACAAAUGGAAAGUAUUGGAUAAAAAUCUUUUAUGUCAGAAUUUUCUGCGAUUUUGAUCUAGUUAUGAAUAAUUUACGAAAUUGUAACUUUUCAGAAAAUAAAUCUCAUUCAUUUUAUAAGAACCCGUAUGGGCCAGCUGUAUAAGAGCCAAGAAUUUUAGCUCAGUGGUCUCAUUAAGCUCUUUUUAAUAACUUAGUAACUUCUAACUCCCAGUCUUAACGCCGUUGUGAUAUGGCUAUAAGAAACGGUACUUUAUCAUCUGCUAUUGUCAUCCAAAUCAUUUGUUAUUUAGGUCAUCUCCCUAAUUGCUCAACAAAAACAAAAAACAGUUAUUAGUGUAAAAUCGUCAUGUCUAACUAUAAAAAAAAACACUAAUUCUAAAAGCCCACUAACGGGGCACUCAUUAUGGAGAUUACUUCGACAUACUCCAUUUAUGGAACACCUCCCCCCCCCACCACACACACACAAAUCGUCAAUAUUUUCGGUUUAAAUCUUACAAACUGCUCCUCUUUCUUAGUGAGCAUCAAUCAUAUGUAAGUUUUAUUUUCAGUCCAUUUGUUAUUAUUGCCAGACAAUAAUUUGAAUAGUUAUGACGCUUAAAUACGUCAGGAAUAAUUUCAGCUUUCUUGUUGAAAGACAUCCAUGAGAUUAACAAAGGGGCUCUAAAUUGCUUACAAGUCAAGAUUUAUAAUCACUUCCUGAAUUGUUAUCCAAUACUUUUCAUAUAUGACGACAAGAAAGUAUCACCCAAGAGUCAAGACUGUUCCCUUGCCCUUCGCUGAGUCAGAUUUACAGAGCAGGCCGCCCUCUUGACAGCUCACGUAUAAUAAUAUUAGAGACAGGCGUUGAUACCUCAUGCGAGGAAGAAAACAAAUUUAUCACUAAUUCCAAUUGGCGAUUCCCACAUACAAACGCAAACUAAUGUCUGUUUUCAUUUUUACAUUUCAUUGUGAUAAAGACCACAAGAUUUUAAUUAGCCGAAUGCAUGUAUUUUAAAGUUAAAUGCAGAGCGUGUUUGUUUUUAACGGUCUACAAUGGGAAAUGUUUCGAAGGUUUUCUUCUCUAAAAACAUUUAAAUGUGCUAUAUUCGGUUACUGUAGAUGUCGGCGUUAAUAAGAUUAUGUAGAAAUUGACUUCCAUUGGAUAGUGCGUGUUCCAGUGGAUUAAGCCUCUUGAAAGAACUACGUAUCACUGUACGAAAAUGGCUUUCCAACUUAAUAUAUUCAGUUUACGAGAAAUUCAUUACUCAAGAGCAGAGUAGAGUAAUUACAGAUUAAUGUCAAAUUCUAUAAGUGCUCUGAGAGAGGUUUUCAAAUAUCUGAAUUCCUAAAGAGAAGUUUUACUUGUGCUGUUAUUGAUAAGGACGAUUGGGAUGUCUGUGUGAAUAACGUUGCCGAAUCACGGGAAUUGCUAGUCUCAAAUUCCCCUAAAAUUAGGAAAGUGCCAAGCAGAAAACCAUUAUUAAUUAAUAAAACAUGACCUUUGCCAACAUUUUCGACCUUUUACACAAGUGGUUCUUGUAUUUCUAUACAAACAUAAGUGUCGGGUACAUACGCCAGUCAUCUUUGGUCAUGCCAUACCAGCAAUUUAGGGUUGUUUGAAACAUAAUGCAGUAAUUCUUCAGUUUGUGUUACCCAGGUCUGACAUUUGGAUUGUACAUUCCAUUAGAUUUUUAUUAUGACAUUUGCUAUCUCUUUAUGCUACUUCUUCUAAAUGCAAAGUGAAUAUUAUUUUCUUUUGUAUCACCUCGAUAGUUUUGGCUGUCUAGAAUUUCACUGUGUGUACUGUAUAGAAUUUCAUUGUUUGAUGUGAGCAUAUGAUUGUUUGUGAAUAUUAAAAGGAUGUAAAAAGAGCAUGGUAAUGUUAACUCCUAGUAUUUUCAUACCAAUUUGGGUGGCUCUUGAUAUCAUUCAACUGAUAACUGGCUUUUAUGAUGUGAACCUGAUCUGGUGAUGAUGCACCAAAAUAUGUUUUAUUAUAAAACAGUUUUGUAAU